AUGCCUCGGCAGCCUCCCGACUACGAGUCACAAAACUAUUGGGAGCAUCGAUUCAAGACGGAGACACAUUUUGAAUGGCUCGGAGACGGACACGACACGAUAGUGCCUGUUCUGCGAGCCCACUUGCUGAGCCGACACAAGGCGAAGGCUAUGCCGCCACUAUGUCUGCACAUCGGGGCAGGAGCGUCGACGUUAUCCGACGAUCUCCUCCAAGAGUAUCAUACCGUCUUCGAGAAGGCCUUCCAUAAACCUAUCAUCUUCAAUGCAGACUUUGCGUCGGAGGUGGUGGGAAGAGGAGCUCAGGUGGAGCAGGGGAGGGGGUCGGAGGUUGUCUGGGAACAAGCAGACCUGCUACAGUGGAAGGACAUGCUGACCUUGGAGGAGAAAAUUUUGAGGACAGAAGGUAGAAGGUUCGGCUUGGUCGUGGACAAGGGCACGGCGGAUGCGAUCGCUUGCGGGAAGGAUAUGGAACUCGCCAAGGAGACACUCAACGGCUCACCAAGGGAUGCACACCCGCUCAUUUACCACGAAGUCUCGCAAUACGACGCAGACAUUCUCUACUUUCAUCCCGUGGAUGUCCUCGCCUUGCACCUCGCGUCGCUCGUCGAACCAGACGGUGUAUGGCUGUCGCUAUCGUACUCGGCGGCCCGUUUUAUGGUUUUAGAGGAGGGACAUGAGGAGGAAGGCUUAAUGACGAGGUUAUUCUGGAAGAUGGAACGUGUCAUAAGCAUUAGGGCAAGGCCAGGGAGUGCAGAACCAGGGAAGCAUGUUCCGGACGUGUACCACUACCUGUACGUCUUGCGACGCACAGACACAGCGACCGCUAUAGAAUAA